GUUGAACGUCCUCUAAACAUUUCCAAACAGGCAAUCAAUUCCGCUGCCUCAUUCAUCGUCCCUAUCUGCAACACACGACCCUUCUGCCAUUGGUCUCUCAUUCACCAACUCAAAUUGUCCGAUUGACAGGGCCCUGUUGUAUCUGUGUCAUCAUCCGGGAUCUCUUUGGCCUCGAUUAGAAUCUCACAUCUGUCGUCUUUCCUGCCUUUUUGGGGUCCAGGGUUCGGUGGUUCAGGGCCAACUUCAUCUACUGUCUGAUCUCUGCUCUCUUUUUAGUAUCUUUGAUGUUUGUGUCUCUUCUUAGGUCCUCCUUAGUAUCAUCUAGGACUAUCAUCAUCCCUUGGAAAUCCACCAAGUCAUUUUCUCCUUUCUUCUCUCCACCAUCUCAAUCAGUAUUCCGCUUCCUCUCCACCAUGGCCGAUCUCAAAGUCGAUCUCACUGCCCCCAAUGGCAAGAAGAUUACUCUGCCAACCGGUCUAUUUAUCAACAACGAAUUUGUCAAAUCAAGUUCUGGUGACAAAAUCACUUCGAUCAGUCCUACCGAUGAAUCCGAGAUUGCAACCGUCGAGGCUGGUUCAGCCGAUGAUAUCGAUAAAGCUGUCAAGGCUGCCCGGAAAGCCUUCAAUGACCCAUCCUGGUCCGAACUUCCUGGCACCGACCGAGGCGCUCUCAUGAACAAGUUUGCCGAUCUCAUCGAAGCAAACAAAGAGAUCCUCGCCACCCUCGAAACCUGGGACAACGGUAAACCCUAUAGCGUUGCCCUCAACGAAGACUUGGGCGAGGUUAUUGGCACCAUCAGAUAUUAUGCGGGUUGGGCCGACAAAAUCUAUGGACAGACCAUUGACACAACCCCCCAGAAGUUUGCAUACACUCUCAAACAACCAAUUGGUGUCUGUGGCCAGAUCAUUCCCUGGAACUACCCCUUGGCCAUGGCCGCCUGGAAGUUGGGCCCAGCUUUGGCGACUGGCAACACCAUCGUGAUGAAACCUGCCGAACAGACACCCUUGUCCAUUCUCUACCUCGCAACCCUAAUUCCCGAAGCCGGCUUCCCUCCAGGUGUCAUCAACAUUGUCAAUGGCUAUGGCAAGGAGGCCGGUGCCGCGCUCGCUGGUCAUCUCGAUGUCGAUAAGAUUGCUUUCACAGGAUCCACCCUCACAGGCAAACUGAUCGCAAAGACAGCGAGUGUCAACAUGAAGAACAUUACAUUGGAGACAGGAGGAAAAUCCCCCCUCCUCGUCUUCGAUGACGCCGACAUUGAUCAAGCCGCCAAAUGGGCCCAUAUUGGAAUCAUGUCGAAUCAAGGUCAAAUCUGCACCGCCACUUCUCGCGUUCUCGUUCAAGAAGGCGUAUAUGACAAGUUCGUGGAGAAAUUCAAGGAGGUCGUCCUGGCCACCUCCAAGGUCGGAGAUCCGUUCGCCGAAGACACUUUUCAAGGACCUCAAGUCACAAAGGCCCAGUAUGACCGAGUUUUGUCCUACAUUGAGAGCGGCAAAUCUGAGGGCGCCACUCUCGCAUCUGGUGGUGUUCCCCACACAAAGGUCGGGGACGGAAAAGGUUUCUUCAUUGAACCUACCAUCUUCACUGGCGUCAAGGACACGAUGAAGAUCUACCGUGAAGAAAUCUUCGGCCCCUUCGUCGUGGUUGCCAGCUUCAAAGACGAAGCUGAAGCCAUUGCCAAAGCCAAUGACACAACCUACGGCCUCGGCUCUGCCGUUUUCUCCACCAAUAUUGAGCGUGCCCAUCGCGUCGCCGCCAAGCUUGAGGCUGGCAUGGUUUGGAUCAACUCAUCCAACGACUCUGACUUCAGAGUUCCCUUUGGCGGUGUAAAGCAAUCCGGUAUCGGAAGAGAACUGGGUUCCGCUGGUCUGGAAGCCUACAGCCAAACCAAGGCUGUCCAUGUCAAUCUCGGACUGAAGCUGUAAAUUCCCACACUGACAGCAACAUAUUUCAUGUAAUACUGGCAGUGACAUCUAUACAUAUCAUGAUAUCCAUUUCAGACGUCACCCCACAUACUCGCCUCAUCUCAACUGGUCAUGCUGUCGAAAUUGAUUGGCACCAGAUGAUGCCAAAUAGCAGAGAACAGGGAUUUACCUAAGAUGGGAAGUAGUGGUUGACAGUGAUUCUGCUAUUGCUGGACGCUAGUGGUGCCCGCUGACGCUGACGAUUAUGAUGAGCAAGACAGUCCGCACACAAGCAAAUCAACCAACUUCGUAACCAGACACAGAACCAAAACAAGAAUAUAGCCCGGCCUAUCCACAUAGCAGCAAUUUGAAUCCGACCUUCCCCC